AUGCUGAUUUUCUCGCGGCAGUGUGAUGAAAGCAAGCCUUCGUGUCUAAAUUGUGUAACAGCAGAGCUUUGUUGUAAAUAUCAGCCUGGCGAUCCCACUUUCCCCCCGGGACCUAGUCGACAAACAACUGCAGUAAAUGAUCAAGUGCAAAACUCGUACCCUGCGCCAGAACCCCAAAGUAGUAAUGCAAGUACGACCAGAGCCACCAGCCAUGCAUCCUCUCCACGGUCUCCUGUUCUGAGGGGAGCAAAUAUGCUUGACUUGGAGCUAUUACAUCACAUGUCGAGUGUUACAUGCAAAGAGUUUCGAUCGGAUGGGAAUGAGGCUAGAGAAGCAUUUGAUACAGCAAUUAGUUACGCCCUUGAUGCUCCAUUUCUCAUGCACGAGCUUCUUGCAAUCAGCGCUCUACACCUGAGCACAUUACGGCCAAACUGGGGACAAUUUUACCACAACAAAGCGACCGAACUUCAAACUCACGCUGUGUCGCUUUACACCAAUCAAACCGACAGUGGUAAUCCCACGAGCCAUAUAGCAGCCUUUAUGUUCUCAUCGUACUUGGGCAUCCACGUUCUCUUUGACACACUACUUUUUCGACCUACAGAUUUCACCCUCUUUGUCGAGCGCUUUGUUGGUUACCUUCGGCUCCACCGUGGCGUUAAGGUGGUUUCAACAGGUGCCUGGAGUCUGCUCCGAGAAACCGAACUUCGAUCUUUGCUAAGCGAAGGAAACCAUCAGGAAGCAGUGGGCAAAGAAUGUGAUGCGAUACAUUCACUUUCGCUAUCUGCUGAUAUGAGUCAAAUCUCAAUUGAGAAAUGUUUGGAAGCAGUCACACAUCUUCAGUGGGUGUUCGAUUGUUCUGGCUGGCGGGAUAAAGGCAAAGGAGAUACGGGCGAAGGGGAUUUGAUAUUUUCUUGGCCAGUCACUAUAUCCCUAGAGUUCACGAAUUUACUUUUACAGAACAGACCAGAAGCAUUAUCUAUCUUGGCGCAUUAUGCUGUAUUACUUCACUGGAGGCGCGAUCUGUGGAUUGUUAGGGAUGGCGGAAGGUUCUUGAUAGAGUCGAUCAAAAGAUAUCUUGGGUCGUUUUGGGAACAGUGGCUAGCGUUCCCCAUAAGCGCUUUGCAAGUAGUAGAUGAUUAA